GUGGCGUUCGUAGUGUCAGUUUGCAUUUGAACGCUCCGUUACGCGGUCGGACCCGCGAGAACUGGAACUACCUAGCCUAGUACAAGCCAGUUGAUAGUUUAAAUAAGCAAAAGUACAACACACGAUCUAAUGAUACGGGUCGAAACGCGGGAACGAAAAAUUAGCUCGCAGCAAUUAAGAGGAGAAAUUAAACCCGCAGGAAGAAAAAAUGACGAAAUUUGUGCUGCUGAAUGAAUAAACGAUAGAAAAAAAAUCGUUGCCCAGUGUGUGUUUGUUUGAUCUGGAAUGUACAAGUGCCAAACUAAGUUAGGAAAAUAAAACACGCUUCAGGAGAAAGCAAAGGAAUACAGGGGGCUGUCAAAACCCCAAAAGUGCUUUAUAAGCUGUGGAUCAAUCACAAAGUGUGCAAAUCGUCGUGCUGUACAAUAAAAAAUAAUGAAGUUCAAGUUUCUAUUACUAUUGCUGGCCCUGGGGGCGGAAUGUCGCGAGUCCAGCUCCAAGUUCAAACCGAUAGUAAGCCACCAUGGGAGCAGUGGCGUCAGCAGCAGCACCCCCAGUAGUAACAAUCGUGCAUUCACCAAAUCCCCAGUAUUGAUAGCCAAGUGGCCGUCGAAGAAGGGGCUUGCCAAACCCUUUAUGAUGAAGAUGAGACCAAGUGGAACCCGGCUGGCUCCGGUCGUUGUCCGGCCACCGGCCGCCAUGAUGAUGAGCCUCAAGCGACCAAUCAAGUCGGUCUUCACGCCAUCCUAUGCGUUCCUGAAGCAACCGGGACUGCUGAAUAGGCCACUGUUGGGGGCCGCCAGCCAGCCGUUACCUUUCGUGAUGAACCUGAAUUUGAAGCACAAAUUCCAGCCUUCACCGCAAGGUCCUAAGUCUGGCGAAAUCGUUUACGAGAAGCUGAAACCGCUUCUACAACAGUCCCCCAGUGGCCACCGGCUAGCUCCGGCGAAGGAAGGUGCCAUCCACACCAUCCCGGCACCGAAUUUGGCAGCAAUUCUGGCCGGAAACGGAAACGUUGCCCUGACGGCGGUUGGUCCCAGCACAGCUGCCCUGAAGUACAAACCAACGCACCAACUCAAGAUCAGCACCUUUGAGGACAGCAACCAGGUCGAGAUCGACAUCCAGAAAACGACGAAGCCGGGCUUCGUUGCAGUGAAUCCCAACAACAAUUUUGUCCCUAGCAACCAUCAAGGUGGUGGACUUCCGGCUGGAUUUGGUGCAGGUUCUGGAUCGGCUGGAGCCGCACUUCUCGCAGGCUUUUCGACGCCGCUGCCCAUACACCAAUUCCGCCAUCCGGCUGCAUACGCAGCAGGUGCGCAUCAAUACCAAGUGACCGAACAGUACAAUGACAUUACCUUGAAGGACCCACUCUCAGGAAAGAAGACUUACUUUGCCCCUGACCCUGACCCAAGACUACCCAGUAAAGCCCUCGUUCCGACCACCGACCCCCUGAGUGAGCCAAGCAUCGGCAAAUACCCACCCACUGACUUGCUAAUCCAGGCCCAGACUCAAAGCCAAAAUCACUACUUGCCCCAACCGAACUCGGCCUCGAUACUACAGAAACCAUACUACGACAUUGUCAAAUCGCAGGCGCCUCAAGCGAACUACGCCGUCCCUUUGGCUAGUCAACCGCAACUGCAGCAGCACAUUCUCCAGCAAACUUCCAUGCUUCAAGGAAUGCCACUCUCGCUCUACAACCCAACUUAUCUCGUGACCCAGUCCAAUAACCUAUUCAACAAUCACCAGCAGCAACUACAGUCAAAUUUGUUCAAACCGGAGAAUAACUUCUUUGGUUCACUACAGAACAGCCAACCUAUUGUUGGUAACACCGGUUAUGAAUCUUACAUGUUCAAAAAUUCCGAACCAGCCGCAAGUCCAGGUCAAAUCUUGGCUGCAACCCAGGACCAACUUCAUGAACUUCAAAAUGCUGUCACGCAAAUCCAGCUAAACGAUCUGCAACAGCAGCCAACCUUAGAUACACCCACCUAUGCACAACUCGUUGGUCACGAACACCUAGCUGUGCACCAGCAGCAGUUACCUCAACAGAAUCAACUCGAGGAACAACUUCAACAACAGCUGAUCCAGCAACAAGAGAAGUCAACCCAGCAGCAGCAUCAACUGUCGUCCAGUGAAAUCUCAAGUCUGCUCAACUACGGAACGAUUAACCUCCACAACCAACUGUCGCCCAACGAUUACUACCAUUAUCAAACCGAUCAAGAUCGUCAGCAGGUACAACAGCAACAAUCAUUCUACGAACUUUCCGAACGUCAGAAGGAAAACGAACGAAUUCUAGCACAGGCACAGCAGGACCUGCAACAGCAACAACAGCAGCUACAGUAUCAACAGUCCUACCUGGAGCAGCCAGACUCGGUACGACAUACCUCGCAUUCUGCUCAAACUGCCCAAUCGGACGAUUACUACAAAGCCUACCAAGAGCACCAGAAAGCCGUAGCCAAUGCCCUAGGCCUCAACGAGAUCAUCCAAAACAGCAAACGAGCAGCAUCGCCUGCACCAACCGUUCCCGAAUCUUCAACAACCGAAGCUUCUCCUCUGAGGAUAUUCGUACCCGAUUCGGAGAGCGAGUAUCCCAACAGCGUCAAGGCCCAAAAGCGAAUGGAUGAGCUAAGUUUCGAGUACGCCGAUGAUGAGGAGGCAGCAAACUUGUACAACACGGAACCAAUUUCACGAGCGUACUACCCGACGCACGAUGAUGAAUCUAACGACGAUGACGAGUUGGCGAACGUCGGUCAAGAAGAAGAGGCAACGGUUGAUGAACCACCGUUUGUCAUGUACGACGAACAGCAACAGCAGGAACAGGAUACAGUCGACAACAGUGCAGAGAAAAAUCAGGAGCGGCACAUCUACAGCAAUCAUCGAUUGGAUUGAGAUUAACCCAGCUCGGUUCGCUGCUUGAGUAAAGUUUAGAAUGGCUGUUAUAACUUCCGGGGUGCUAUUUACGAUGAGUGGAAAUGAUCUAUUUUCACACAGGUGUGAUUGAGCCAAACUUCGAUUUGGGGAGUGUCGAUGUCAUUUGUAAGUUUCAUGUAAACAUGUUUUUCGCGUACUUUUUUCGUUACAGAGAAUUUGCUCCAAAUGAUGAGGAUCUUGAAGAUCCGAAUGUUUCAAAAAGUGGUGCUGCUGGCCAAUAGAGUAAUGUUAAGGAUUAUUAGAAAAUUAGAUCAAUGUUAUUUAUUAGUUCUUUUGACAGUAACAUUCUUAAUCGUAACUUAUUUAUUUAACCAUAUUAUUGAAA